AAAGAUUCAUCUUGGGCCUUGGGCCUUGGAACUCACUGUUUAAUUUGGUGUGCGCGAGUGACAGUUUCUAGGGUUGGGAACCGUUGCGUAUAAAGGCAGCUCAGAACUCACCGGCGAACUCUUCCUCACUCUCUUUCUCUUCAUCUCACUCCACCCAAAACCCUAGAUAACUCAUCGGAGCUCUCCCAGAACCCCCAAAACAAAAUGCCUCCCAAGUCUGCAAAGGGCAAGGAAGCCCCAGCUGAGCGACCCAUCCUCGGCCGAUUCUCAUCUCACUUGAAGAUUGGGAUCGUUGGAUUGCCCAAUGUUGGGAAAUCUACUCUUUUUAACACUCUGACGAAGCUUUCGAUACCGGCUGAGAACUUCCCUUUCUGCACAAUUGAGCCCAAUGAAGCCAGGGUCAACAUUCCUGAUGAGCGGUUUGACUGGCUUUGCCAAUUGUACAAGCCGAAAAGCGAGGUCUCAGCCUUUCUGGAAAUUCAUGAUAUAGCUGGACUUGUUCGAGGUGCUCAUGAAGGACAAGGGUUAGGCAACAGUUUCUUAUCCCAUAUCCGUGCCGUUGAUGGCAUUUUUCAUGUUUUACGUGCAUUUGAAGAUCCUGAUAUCAUCCAUGUUGAUGAUACUGUGGAUCCUGUGAGGGAUUUAGAGAUUAUCAGUGCAGAAUUGCGUCUUAAGGACAUUGAAUUCAUGGAAAGGAGGAUAGAGGAUGUUGAAAAGAGCAUGAAGAGGAGCAAUGACAAGCAGCUAAAAGUAGAGCAUGAACUUUGUGGAAGGCUCAAGGCAUGGCUUGAGGAUGGAAAAGAUAUCCGUCUAGGGGAUUGGAAAGCUGCUGAUGUCGAGAUCCUGAAUACCUUUCAAUUGCUAACGGCCAAGCCUGUUGUUUACCUGGUUAACAUGAAUGAGAGAGAUUACCAAAGGAAGAAGAAUAAGUUCUUGCCAAAGAUUCAUGCAUGGGUGCAGGAACAUGGAGGUGAGAAAAUUAUUCCAUUCAGUUGUGCACUGGAGAGGAAUCUUGCAGAUUUGCCACCAGAUGAAGCAGCAAAGUAUUGUGAGGAGAACAAAGUGGAAAGUGCCCUUCCCAAGAUCAUAAAGACUGGAUUUGCAGCCAUUAAUCUCAUAUACUUUUUCACAGCUGGUCCUGAUGAGGUGAAAUGCUGGCAAAUUAGGCGGCUUUCAAAGGCUCCUCAAGCUGCUGGGACCAUUCAUACUGAUUUUGAGAGAGGAUUCAUUUGUGCUGAGGUCAUGAAGUUUGAAGAUCUAAAGGAACUUGGUAGCGAACCAGCUGUUAAGGCUGCCGGUAAGUACAGACAAGAAGGGAAGACAUACGUGGUCCAAGAUGGAGACAUAAUAUUCUUCAAGUUCAAUGUUUCUGGAGGUGGGAAGAAGUGAGAUUCACAUAUCCAGCAUACAUGUUCAUUUAGAUUCUGGGAGUAUAUGGUUCAUUCUAUGAUUGUAUACUUGCAUUGUCAAGAUGGUAACAUACCUGUAGCAUGUUUUGUAUUGUCUGGUCAAGUUUUUUGUUACUCUAGUUCAACUACCACUCUUCGACAUGUAUCCUAAGUUUUGGUUGUAGACUUGUGGUGAGUGAAUGGAGAAUACAAGCAUCACCCGUUUAUCUAACUAGUUCCUUGUAUGGUAACUUCUAAGCAAAUCUAUGUCAUAGGGAUGUCUCACUUUCUUCGAUUUUCC